AUGGGCGGCGGAGAAUCCGAGAAGGAGGAGGAUUUGGUGGAGUUACCGCCGUGUCUUGCUGGAGUGAGACUGGUUGAUGCUCCUGUUCUGUUCUUUGUUGUUUCGCAUAAGGCUUUUCGGGCAGAGAUAGCGUCACUUCUCCACCUGGCGGUGGAGGCAGCUUCGAGUGAGGUUUAUGAUCACGAACUUGUGGUUGACCUUGGCCGGAGGUUCGAGUUUUUGAGGCUCGUUUAUAAGUAUCAUUGUGUUGCAGAAGAUGAGGUCAUCUUUCUAGCGCUAGAUGCACAAGUAAAGAACGUUGUGCCAAGUUAUUCACUCGAACACAAAACCAUCGAUGAUAACUUCAAAUCCAUUUUCCAUUUCUUGGAUCUCUUGAUGAACAAAACUGAAGAUAUUCCUAAGACGUUUCAAAACCUUUUGAUUUGCAUAAGUACAAUCCAGGAAAUAAUAUACCAGCAUAUGCUGAAAGAAGAGAAGCAGGUCUUUCCUUUGCUCAUGCAGAAAUUCUCUUCCACAGAACAGGCUCAGCUUGUCUGGCGGUAUAUGUGUAGUGUUCCCAUCAUACUACUGGAAGAAUUUUUGCCAUGGAUGGCGUCUUCUCUUUCUUCAAAUGAACAACUAGAUGUUGUAAGUUGCAUCGAGGUUAUUGUACCAAAAGAAAGACUAUUCCAAGAGGUGAUUGUUUCCUGGCUUGGAAAUAAUAAGAGAUCUUAUUCUGACGGCUGCAGUAAUUAUGGAAAAAGACCUCACUUUUACAAUGAAUUAUCUACUUUCGAGGAUAGACUCUAUGAAUCUAAGAUUUGCUCUGAAGAACAGCAACAGCAGAAAGCAUCUUCAAUAUGCAAAAAUGAUGUGCAAAACCCCAUUGAGGGCAUUCAUCUUUGGCAUGCUGCCAUCAGAAGAGAUUUUAAUGAAAUUUUGGAGGAAUUACAUCAAAUAAGAAGCUCAAGCAGUUUUUCAAGCUUAGCUUCAGUCAUGACCCAGCUAAGAUUUAUUGCAGACGUCCUCAUCUUUUACAGCAUCUCUUUGGACCAAUUUUUUAAUCCAAUGCCAAGUGAAGUUUCCAAACAAGGCCAAUCUCCUAGCAUCCAACUCAUUGAUCAAAGUCAAAUUGAAGAUCUUCAAAAGUUGCUGUUCUAUGAACUUCAAGGCACAACACAGCUAAGCAGCUUUGUAGAGAUCCUUUGCAAGAAACUGGAGUCGUUUGUGUGGGGUUUCAGCAAAAACAUUAUUUUUCUAGAAGCUGAGGUUUUCCCAAGCAUUGCCAAAAUUUGCACCCGUGAAAUGCAGCUAUGGUUACUGUACACAGGCCUUCGUAAGAUGCCCCUUGGAUUGCUCAGGUAUGCAGUUACUUGGUUCUCUGCUCAUUUAACCGAGAACGAGUCCAACUCCCUUCUUAAGAACAUAAAGCUGGGAUGUCCUGUAGCAAACAAUUCUUUUGCACUUUUGCUACGUGAAUGGGUUCACAUAGGCUGUUCAGGUAAAUCCUCUGUCACAAAAUUUAGACAAGAUUUGCAAGAACUAUUCAAUGACCGAAGCUAUUACCUGACUGAGCAAAUCAAGCAGGACACUGGAUUCUCUGAUACACAAUUAAAAAUACAACUCCCAAGCAAAUAUAACUCUGAGCUGCUGGCCUUGAGGUCAGCUAUGAUUAUGAAGAAAAGUGAAGCUAAUCCUUCAUUUUCUGUCUUCAAUCCAACUGAGAAGCAUGACACCUCUUAUUCUGGUGUUAUACAUCUAAAUAUAUUCUAUCCUCAACCUUUAUCCUCCAUUCAGAAACAUCUUGCUGAAUAUAACAAUGCGAACAUCUUUCUUACUCUUGAAUCAAGACCGAUGGACCAUAUCCUAUUCAUCCACAGAGCUCUCAUAAAAGAUAUGGAGUAUCUUGUCUCCCUCUCAGCUAAGCUGGAUGCAGAUAUAGGACUUCUUACUGAGUUCAAAAAAAGAUUUCAUCUCUUACAUAAUAUAUAUAAAACUCAUAGCAAUUCAGAGGAUGAGAUUGCUUUUCCUGUUCUCGAAUCAAAGGAAACACUGCAGAACGUCAGCCACUCCUACACCAUUGAUCAUAAAAUGGAGGCCAAACAAUUCAGGAAAAUUUCCCUUAUCCUUAAUGAGAUCUCCAAGUUGCAUCUUGAUGUUGAAUGUGAUCAGAUGAGGCCAAAGCACCAUCAGUUGUGUUUAAAGCUCCACGAUAGAUGCAUAUCCAUGCUUAAAGUACUAUCUGAUCACAUAUACCGUGAGGAAGUUGAAAUUUUUCCGUUGUUUAGAAAAUACUUCUCCAUUGAGGAACAAGAAAAGAUGGUAGAACAUAUGCUUGGAAGCACAAGAGCAGAAUAUCUGCAACAAAUGAUACCCUGGUUAAUGGCAUAUUUAACACCCAAUGAACAGAAAGCAUUGACGUCUUUAUGGCGUAAGGUUGCUAAAAAUACGAAGUUUGAUGAAUGGUUAGGAGAAUGGUGGGACGGUAUGAAAAGAUGUGAUGUAGCUAAGGUACAAGAGGGACCAAAUUCUUCUUCAUUGGCUGCUAACCCACUGGAAGUUGUUUCUAUGUAUUUGCUGAAAGAAGGCACUAACAGCCAAAAGAAUCGGCGUGACAGAGGGAAUGAAGUUUUACAAGAAGAAUUUGCCUUCUUCAACUCUGAGCACUCUGGAUCUCUCAUUGGGGUUAAAGCAACCUGUGGAGGUCAAGAAGGAUUUCAAUCACCAAACUCUACUGAAUAUCACAGCAAGGCUGACAAGAAGAGAGACAAGGAAACAAAAGAUCCCUGUCCAGAUGAUGAACCAGUGAAGAAGAUUGAGAAUUGUGAGAAGUUGGACAAUCAGGAGCACCCUCUAAUCAUGAGUCAAGAAGAACUGGAAGCUACAAUAAGAAGAAUAUCUCGUGACUCUGCUUUGGAUUCUCAGAUGAAAGCGCAUAUAAUUCAGAACCUGCUAAUGAGUCGAUGGAUGGUAACACAACAGAUGUCUCAUCAAGAGGCUGCUGUGGCAACUGAGAGGGGAGAAAUUCCAGGUCAAAGCCCAUCUUAUCGCGAUCCUCUCAAAUUGGCUUUUGGUUGCAAGCACUACAAGAGGAAUUGCAAAAUUCUUACUCCAUGUUGCAAUAAGCUACACACAUGCAUACGGUGUCACGAUGAUGCAACCGAUCAUUCUGUGGACAGAAAAGCUGUAACGAAGAUGAUGUGCAUGAAAUGCUUGGUACUUCAACCAAUUGGUCCAAAAUGUUCAACGCUUUCUUGUGAUGGCUUCUCGAUGGGAAGAUACUAUUGCAGGAUUUGCAAAUUGUUUGAUGAUGACAGGAAAAUCUAUCAUUGCCCUUACUGUAACUUGUGCCGGGUCGGAAAAGGAUUGGGCAUUGAUUACUUUCAUUGUAUGAAAUGCAAUGCGUGUAUGUCAAGGUCUCUCUUUGUGCAUGUAUGCAGAGAGAAGUGCUUUGAGGAUAAUUGCCCAAUUUGCCACGAGUAUAUUUUUACUUCAAACUCUCCAGUAAAGGCACUGCCAUGUGGUCAUUUGAUGCAUUCAGCAUGUUUUCAGGAUUACACAUGCUCUCAUUAUACCUGCCCAAUUUGUAGCAAGUCACUGGGGGACAUGCAGGUGUAUUUUGGAAUGUUAGAUGCUCUAUUAGCUGAAGAGAAAAUUCCAGAGGAAUAUUCUGGUCAGAUUCAGGUUAUACUUUGCAAUGACUGUGAGAAAAGAGGAACUGCAGCCUUUCACUGGCUCUACCACAAGUGUUCUCACUGUGGUUCAUACAAUACCAGGCUCUUAUGA